AUGGGAUAUCUAGGUAUCCUCGAACCGAAAGAUAAGACCUAUGUCCCCGGUACAGUACUCCUCGACGAUACAGAUGUCGGGUCCAUCGACGACUUACGUGGACUGAAGCACGUCAAAGGCAAAAAUGGGCACAUCAUCUUGAACCCUCAACCAAACGAUGAUCCAAAUAAUCCGCUCAACUUCCCUCAGUCCCAAAAGCUUGUUAUGAUUAGUAUCACCUCCUUCGGUGUUAUUCUCCUUGGUGCCACCGUCGGCCCUUUGCUCAACGCCGGCUUAGUAGAAAUUGCCACGAAGUUGGACACAUCUGUGCCAAAGGUUGUUCAAGCGAGCGGUUAUCAGGUGCUGGUGGUUUCUGGAAUGGUCCUACUUGUGAAUGCGUUUGCACGAAAAUGGGGUAAACGCCCUAUGUUCCUGUUUUCGUCAUUGUUUGGGGUUAUAGGCAGCAUCAUCGGGUCAACAGCCGAUAACUAUGAGGGACUUUUAGCCGCUCGAAUCAUUCAGGGUCUAUCAGUAACCGCAUACGAGUCUCUUGCCCUGGCGAUGAUCGGGGACCUGUUCUUUGUUCACGAGCGUGGCUUGUAUACAGCACUGAUAAGUUUCUUCCUCGGAGCCAUUUCCAACUUCAGUUCCGUCAUCUGUGGCCCAAUCGCAGCCAACCUGGGCUGGAAGUAUUUAUUUCACCUGUUGAUUGUCUUUGGAGGACUGCAACUCGUCCUGCAGUUCCUUUUCGUACCCGAGACUCAAUACAAAAGCCCGCCUGAAAGCCAACUCAGCCAGGCUGACCCUCUUCAACAGAAGUCUUCACAAUCCCCCAGCGAGACGGCUAUCGAGGAUAUUAGAACGAAUGAACAACUCAACAUACCCAAGCAGUCUUAUAUCAGUUCUUUGAGGAUUUACACCGGGUCAUACUCAGACGAAAAUUUCUUUGUUCUCGCCUUAACACCAUUGCUAGCCUGCACAAACCUCGCGGUUCUGUGGUUUAUACUUUCCUCGGGCUACUUUCUCAGCAUUUAUGUUGCUACAGCAUAUGUUCUUUCCUCGAUCUUUUCGGCACCACCGUACUUACUCACGGCUUCUGGUGUUGGAUAUCUGUCUCUUGGCCCAUUUAUUGGUGGGUUACUUUCCUCGAUCCUGGUGGGUCUUACAAAUGAUCCCAUCGCUCGACGAUGCUCGCGCAAGAACUACGGCUAUUUUGAGCCGGAAUACAGGCUACUCAUCGGAUUUGUUUCUAUUCUGACAAUACCAGGGUUUGUGGGAUUCGGAUAUGCUGCUAGCACCGGCCAGUCGUACUAUCUUACCGCAUUCCUCCACGGUUUAGGGCUAUUUGGAAUCAUGUUUCAAUUAGUUCCAACUGCCAACUAUGCUCUAGAUGCAUUCCGCGAGAUGAGCACCGAGAUGUUCCUUUGUUCAAUGGCAGUCAAAAAUCUCAUUCUAUUUGGGUAUUCCUAUUUUGUCAACGACUGGGAGGCCCGCGACGGACCCUUGAAGGUCAUGUGGGUGUUCUGUGCAGUCGCAGCUGUCCUUUAUUUCACUUUUCCUAUCAUGUUCAUAUUUGGAAAGAAAUAUCGCGCCUAUUGGGGAUCCAGCAAGCUUGGGCAGAAGUUCGUCUCUCGGGGAGAGUGA